CCGCAGUUGAUGCUAAAACUUCCUGCAGAUCCUCAACUUUAUACGUCAUAGCGAUUGGAUAAUGACUCUGCCUCCUGGCAACAUUACAUUCAUCUUGAAACUGAUGCCUGGCAUGGCUUUCUGCGACCGGGAAGGCGGGGACAGACCCACCAGCUCCACCCAGAUACUCUUCAGUGUUUCGUCUGCGCUGCGGUGCUCAAUUGCCGCGACUUGGCGAUGCAUAUCGACCUGUGUCGACUGAGAGCAUCCGAAUUUCAGGGCCGUCUAAGCAUCUAAUCAAAUCCAGAUGUGGCUACUGCGAGGCACGGCAAUAUUUCAUUUCUCUUUCUGGCUCCCACCACCACCUCUCUUCCCUUCUCCUCUGUUUCUCAGCGCCUGGUCGCGUGUUAGCCUUUCUUUAUCAUGGACUACACUGUUUCGGCGACACUGUUUGCAAAGCUUUGGGAUGGGACGCCGGAUGCUGCUAUGGGGGAGAUAACGGCGACGAUGUCUGAGCUGCUCUUCUACGGCAUUUUCCUAGUCCUGGCGUCGUUUUCGGUCAACCUCAUCCACCGACGCCAAGCCGGCAUCAGCGGUCUCGUCCUCAAGCUCGCUACGCUGCUCAUGUUCGUGCUGGCCACCUCGCAGCUCUUGGCGCGGAUCCUUGCUUGCACCCAAUCUAUUCGCGCGCUCUAUCUCGCAGUCCAAGGGCGGGUCCCACCCACGGAUGCUCUCGCGCGUAACCUCGCAUUCAACUUUGCAGAGGAUAUCCUGCUGGUGACCAACAACAUCGUCACUGAUGGAUUACUUAUCUAUCGCUGCUUUCUGAUUUGGGGACACAAUUACUAUGCCAUCGCCGCUCCCGCUGUUAUGCUGCUGCUCAGCACGAUUCUCAGUUACAUUGCCGCAUAUGAGGGCGAUUACCCUGGUAUCGGGGGGCCGUCCGUCGAUCCCCGCAUCGGAUUCGCGCUGAGUGUGCUGACGAACAUCGUCCUCGUUGGCCUGACCGCUGGUCGCAUCUGGUACACCCGCGUUCACGCCAGCAGGCUCGGUCUCAAGGCCGAUAUCGUGCGCCGAUACAACUCAGCGACGGCUAUGGUGAUUGAGUCCGGUGGGAUUGUCUGCCUGUGGACUAUCAUCUACGUCAUCAUGCGGUCGACUAAUGUUUCCCCCACUGUUUGGAGAGUCUUCCGCGGUGGCUUGGCUCAGAUCUUGAACAUCGCCCCUACCCUCAUUGUGGUGCGUGUGGGAAUGGGCAAGAGGACUGUCACCACAGAGUCGGAUUCUACCGAAAUCGGGACGUGGAAAGCCAAAAGUGCUUCGGGCUCGACGAUGAUAGCGGAGACAACGGUUUAGGAUCAGUUCGUGAAAUAAAUUUGAAUGUAUUGAAUUAAAUAUGGAUGUAUUGCUCCGGCCCGUGAGCUUUUUAUUUUUA